AGUCUUUUGACCUGUUUUGUUGUACCUGUCAGUGUUCUACAUGUGGCUUGGAUGUGGCUAUGCGGCAGUUAUGUCAGCAGCCCCAUUGUUUGGCCAAUCAGCGUAGAGGAGGAGGAGGAGGAGGAGGAAGACAGGAAGAAGAAGAAGAAGAAGAAGAAGAAGAAGAAGAAGAAGAAGAAUCUGAUGAAAGAUGAAAAAACAAAAACAAAUCGCUACGGCUCUGGCUCAACGGGGAGCGAGGCGGCGACGGCGGAGGAGGAGGAGGAGGAGGAGGAGGAGGAGGAGGAGGAGGAGGAGGAGAAGAAGAAGAGGACUAGGAGGAGGGAAAAAGAUGAAGAACAAGAGGACGAGGAGGAGAACAAAAAGAAGAGGAGGAGGAGGGAAAAAGAUGAUGAGGACGAGCAGAAGGAGGAGGACGAGAUGAAGAAGGAGGAGGAGGAGGAGGAGGAGAAGGAGGAGGAGAAGAAGACGACGAAGAGAAGAAGAAGAAGAAGAAGAGGAGGAGGAGGAGGAGGAGGAGGAGAGAAGAAGAAGAAGAAGAAGAAGAAGAAGAAGAAGAAGAAGAAGAGAAGAAGAAGAAGAGGAGGAGGAGGAGGAGGAGGAGGAGCAGGAGGAGAAGAAGAAGAACAAGCAGAAGAAGAGGAGGAUGAGGAGGAGGAGAGGGCGGUCAUUAUCUUCUCUUUUGUGCUGUCACUGGCAGUGUGUGGAGCAUUGACUUUUCUCCUUGGGUGGCAUAUUUACUUGGUGUGUUCGGGUCAGACAACAAUCGAGUUCUACGGAAAUCGCUUCAAGAAAAUUGAUGCUCGGAAGAGGGGAGAGGUCUGGGUGAAUGAGUAUGAUCUCGGGCCACAGCGGAAUUGCAUGAUGACCUUUGGAGUGAGUGGCAGGCUUUGGUGGAUGAUGAUCUUUUUCCCAUGGUGGUCGAAACCACCACGAGGAGAUGGACGGGGCCCACCAAACCUGAUGCGCACAAGUCCCAGCAGCACUGUCCCGACAAAUACCUUUGCCCCGUCAGCGAGCGAUCAUCAUGUUGUUUUAGUUAACGAGAUAGAAGGGCGAGCCCAAGGACAACAAACACACGUUGCCGGCAUGGAUAACAAGUCCUUGGGGUGCACUGUCAGGGGAGGAGUCGGGAGCGGAGAUGCAGGUGACUCUGGGAAUACUAAUCAUAAUGCGAUGUGACUGGAAGUUUACUUCUCGCCGACAAAUUAUCACAUCGCGAAAGUGACAAACCACACACCGUUCUGCAGUCCUUCUCUCUCAAACUCUGGAGUGUCUUGUGCUAUAGUGGAAUGGGAAUCAAAUGCCAAACAACGGGAAUCUUCACUGUUGGUCGCGGCAUCAGAAACUUCGUCCUCCGGUUCCAUGGUCGAGCCGGCUUCCCUAUAGAUCCAGCCAGUGAGAGGAGGCUGAUUAUCAUGAUUCCAAAGGCCAGCCCUUAAGGGUUCAAGGAAAGGAUCCAACAACGCAAAGGUCUCGAGGCUGAAAGCGUGGAGUUUACAUCAUUUAACUGCUUUUCAACAUCAUUGUGCUGGAUGGAUUAUGAGAAUUUGCCAAAGUUUUCAGUGCUCGUCGGUUCAAUCCGCUUGUGCUGGAUGGAAUACUAAAUAUUUCAAUGUGCCAAAAAUUUUGGUCCUCGUCAGCUCAGUCGGCAAGGGGCGAAAUCCUGGAUGCUUCCCCUGCAAGUGAGAGGAAGUGGUCUUGAAGUUCUAUAUGUGGGUGAGUUUUGCAGUCCCCUUAUCCCCCUCCUGAUGCUAAGGCUCCUUGAGGAGUCCUUGAGGAGGAGAAAUGACCACACAGGCGACAGCAGUUUUGUCAUGGAUUCCAAGGCAAGAUUUAUUCCGAAAAGCGUCGUUUACGAAAACCUCGAAAUUGCUGCUGAGUCAGUGGUGCCAAGUCUGCUGACUGCCUCCCUGACUUGCUGAUCAAGCAUCCAUUUUCCGGUUGAGUACUGUUGAUGAGGAUCACUGCAGGUGGUGGGUGCAAACACUGCAAAGGGACCACACUCUCACAUCUAACAACUUUGAGUCAAGGAUGGAAAUUUACUCGUGCCACAGCAGUCUUACAGUUUUACGACCUACGAUUAAUUUCACUGUUUUCCAAGUUCUUUGUUGAUGCUGAACGCUGACCCCUCUAAAUUUCACCCAGACUGGAUAGCACCAAGUUGGCCAAUUGCCAACCCAUCUUACUCCCUUUUGAUUGUUGGUUCCUGGUGGUGGAGGGGUCUUCAUCCUCCAGCACCUCUACUAUCUCUACCCUCUCUUUAAACUUCCAAGUACAUAAUCAAUAGAUUCUAUACAAACACCAUGCUGUCACAUGCAGCAUUGAUUCUUAGGCUUCACCGAAGGAAGGAAGGAAGGAAGGAAGGAAGGAAGGAAGGAAGGAAGGAAGGAAGAGAUGGCGGAAGGAAGGAAGGAAGGAAAGGAAGGGAAGGAAGAAAGGAAGGAAGGAAAGGGAAGGAAGGAAGGAAAGGAAUGUGUAUUUUGACAGCAUAGUUAUGAAAAGAGAUCACUCUAACAAGUUUUUCCAAACAUCUGUACAUGCUAUGUCUUCAUGGGUGCUUUCACUGCUUUGACCUUGUUGCAGUGCUUCGCGCCCUUGAAAUUGUGCCUAGGAAAGAAAGGAAGGAAGGAAAGGAGAGAAGGAAGGAAGGAAGGAAGGAAGGAAGGAAGGAAGGAAGGAAGGAAAGGAGGUAGAGAAUCCUUUCAGUCUGAUGCACGCUAUGGAUGAAGAUCAUGCAGAGGGCUUGGCAAUCUACUCCUAAGUUGAAUCAUUUGGACGAGUAAUUCAUUUAGGUAACUCAAUUGAUUGUUUAUUGUAGAUCAUAACGUAGUCCUUUUUUAGAAUUCUCAUUCAUACUUAAUGAUGCUCCUUGGGUGGGGGAACGGGAAUACCUAAGGAACUUCUUUUCAAUUUUGACAAAUAUUUUGAGAAAUCGAGAGAGUAUUCAACAUUGGGCCCAGAGGUCAUAGCCUUUCUUAGAGGUUUUGUGGAGCGCAAUGGAGCUUGAGUAAAUGCUUGCUUUUAAC